AUGCAAAAGAAAGCAUUAAUCGAUUAUUCGGAAGAAUUACUAGAAUAUUUCGAAAAAAAUAAUAUAAAGAUUUUUGACUAUUCUGAACGUAAAAAUCUUAAACGUAUUGGACAAGGAGGAUAUGCUGUUGUAUAUUCCGUCAUUUUAGAAGGAAAAAAUUACGCAUUAAAAAGCUUAAAUAAUAACCUGGAUUUUGAUCAUAACCAAUUUAGACAAUUUAAACAUGAGCUUAAACUUCUUUAUACUGUCAAUCACCACCCAAAUAUUGUAAAAUUCUAUGGAGUUUCAACAGUAUUACAACUUGCCACUGAUGGCAGUCUACGCGAUUACUUACAAAACAAACAGCAAGAUGGUAUUUAUAAAAUUCCCUGGACUGAAAUCGUCCAAAUCGCAAAGGAUAUCACACUUGGAUUGCAACAUUUACAUAAUAAUAAAAUUAUUCAUCGUGAUUUACAUUCAAAGAAUGUUUUGAUAAAUGAUGGUAGUGCCUUAAUUUCAGACUUUGGAAUAUCCAAACAAUUAAAUAGUACUACUGUUUCAAGUUCGAAUUCAGGUGGCAUGCCAGCUUAUACCGAACCACUAUAUUAUAUCCAUGGAAGUAACGCUGUACGCGACCAAAAAUCAGAUAUUUAUAGCCUAGGCGUAUUAUUUUGGGAACUUACGAGUGGUGUUCCUCCAUUCAAUGGUUCCAGCGAUUGGGCCAUUAUUAUUAAUAAUAUUUUACAUAACAAAAGAGAGAAAACUAUCGAAAAUACACCCUUACACUACGCUAAUCUUUAUAAGUGCUGCUGGUCUACCGAACCAAAUCUGCGCCCAGCAUUGGACAAAAUUUUGAUUGAACUCGAUGAAUUAUCUGCUGAACCUGUUGAAUUCAUUAUAAAUAAUAUCAAUAAUCAACAAAUACCGCAAUCCGAUAGUUUUUCGUCUUGUACAGAUUCUGUUUCUACGGUUAAUUCAUCUGAAAAUCAAAACAUUCGCUCUGUAGAACAACGUUAG